CACAAAUAAGACGCCUUAUUUAAAUAGCGGAGUAUAAAUCCAUUAGGAAAAUGCAUCCGAACUAUAUACGAAGGAGUAGUUGACGGUUUGUAUAAGAAAUUCGUCACAUACCAUGGCGUCCGAACCAAGACCAGAGGUGAAGUUCGAUAUCAAGCUGCUGUCCGGCAAGACCGUUGUGAUGGUCGAAUGUCCUGGCUACGAGAGUGAACUUUUCAUGCCGCAGAUUGUCAAGGGGCGCAUCACCUUCCAAAACAUCAUACCGAACCGCAGAUGUUGCCCGGAGAGCAUCCUACUAUCUGAUCAAUUCGUCCUUCGUGGCGAAGUGGGCGCCGGGACCAGGCAAUUGGCCGGCACUCCCCUGCGUUCCUCCCAGGCAUCCAAUAUUGCCUCACCGCUGGCAAGGAGUACGCCGUCUAGUGUAACAAGUCUGAACACACGAGCCAGCCGAGAAAAAAGUCUUCAUGCGACGCCGGAGCUAGUACGAUGUCGUCCCAUACAGCUUACCUCGCUGGGCGAGGUCGAUCUGGAUUUGGGAGUGAUGCAUAUGCCGCCGGACUUGGAAGUGUCCACCGCCAGCUUGCCGUCCCCUGAGGCUGGGUUGCCAUCUACAUACCAAAGCCCUAGCCUACCCGAAUCAAGGCUAUCCCCGCCAGCUGCUCCCAGCUACAAUAUUGUCGCGGCCCAGCUAAAAGAGUCUAUCAGCAACAGCCCCAAAAAGGAGCAUACGCUGCGCACUUACUCCCGCAAAAAAGGGGGAUCACCUGGGAAAACCAAGCCCACUGUCUGGUCCCCUCUACACAUGAAAAAGAAGGAAAAGGUAUCUUUAACUAAGGCACCUAGUCCCACCAUGAAAGUUGAGUUGAAGCCAAAGCGUAAACUUAUAGUGGACGCCAAGAAAACAAUAGCCCCUCACGAUUCCAAUAAGAUGCUUUCUAUGCCGAUCUCAAAAAAGAAAAUCAUCCGCAAGCAGGUGACGGGGAAGACGCGGAAACAGUUUGAGGCUCUCAAGGCGACUGCAUAUGAUUUAUUGACGAAUCCAUCACUAAAUCAUAUGUCCUUGGAUCUGCGCAAACAGUUUCAGUUGGCAUGUAUGGACAAGUGCGCCACCACGCUGCCCAACUACGCCGAGGUGGCUGUAACCUCCCCGCUGGAACUAGACCGUCAGGUGAAGUCGCUGAUGGCCAAGCAAAAGCGAUUGGAUCGGAAAGAGCGGAUUCCCAAGAGUAUGACGUCCAUGAUAGGCAAACUAAUUUAAGGUGUACCUGCAGCGGAUUUCUUUAAGAGGCGUGAUUCUCUGAAUUUAAUUAUGCUGGCACAUGCAAUGUACUUGAAAGUGUAAUAUUUACAAUCGUCAAAUGAACUACUUAUUGUAGUCCAUUAAAUAUAAAACUCUAUCAAUGAAA